AUGAACCUACAACAUCUUCCGCCUGAAAUAUUGGCGCAGAUACUCGGCCGGGUCUUCCCCAGAGAAUGGUAUCGCUCCCCCCAGAGACACGAGUGCAUGAAACUUCGUCUCGUCAGUCGGGUGUUUGACAACGUGGUCUCUGGCAUCUUGUUCCGUACCUCACAUGGCUUUACCCUACUGGAGCGAUCGAGGCCGUGGAAUGAUGACAAGACGAUUUGGGUCUUGACGACCAAGAUCAGACUAGACUCUGUACGCCGCGACGAAUUUUCCGCCUACAUCCAUCGCUGGGCCAGCUUUAUGGCCAAUAGAAAUUGCUGGCCGCUAGAGGAUGUAGGUGACCUCUAUCAAUGGAUUGAAGUGGCCUGUCGGGCCAUCGUACACCAGCUCGGGGCCAAUUGGGUGCGCAAAUGGCUGCCAGGCCUCGACGAGGGUGUGGCUGAGAUGAGCUUAGACCUUAGCCUUCCAGAAAAGCUCUCCAUUGUGAGUACGUCCACGAGCGACGGCGAGUCUCUAAAACUGGAACUCGAAUCAGUCCAAGGUGCUAUGCAGCUUGCUUGCUGCGGAGGCGAUGUCGAAAGAGUCAAAUUGCUACUCUCCCGCGGUGCAGAUCCUACUCUCUCCCAUCCCCAUUUUGGUUCUCCGCUCCCCAAUGCUGUCCGGAAUGGCCACAACGACCUUGUCCAGUGUCUCUUGGAUGUUGGACCAGCCAUCCGGCCUCCAGACGGGUAUGGGGAUCUCUUGAAACUCGGUGUGAAACACGGCCGUUCGGACGUCUUCCAGUGUCUCCUGCGCAAUACGCCUACCGAGGACUCCCAUAUUUUAUGCACGUGCAUGACAUUGGCGUGCCGAAAAGGAUAUGCAGACAUUGUACGCGGACUCCUCCAAUGGGGAGACAUUGAAGCCAAACGAAUUCGAAAGGCUCAGGGCUGGGCUAAAAGCGUGGCCAGGCGUUCGCGUGCUCGUAUUUUCAACAUCCGGUUAUCAGGAAAACCAAUCUACGACCGCGUUCACUUUGUGGAAGACCCCAACUGGUUCAUUUACCAAGCUGCUAGCCAUGGACACGCCGAAAUCGUUCGCAUCCUUAUCGCACGGCCAGCGUACCGCCCAUGUGACCCAGCACGGGAGGACUGUCCUCUGCGAGUGACUAAGGAUCCUAGUAUCGCUUCGCUACUUUUAAAUACCUAUCGCCCGCAGGCGAAGGGCUUUCGUGAGCGAGUAGGAACCCCGUUUGUUGCUGCUUGCAGAGCUGGUAAUUUACCGCUGGCGAAGGUCUUCCUUGCGUGGCCAUAUUUGAAUCCCAACGCCAAUGGUCCCAAAGGCCACUCGACAGCAUUGAAUGAGGCGAUCACGGCCGCCUGGACAUAUUUGCCCACAACCAAUGUGGAAAUGGUGCAAGCAAUCCUUGAGCAUCCCAAAAUCAACCCGAAUUUAUUAGCUGCUGGGGAAACAAGCAGGCCUUUGGGAACUGCCAUACAACACGAUGACAAAGCCAUCGUAGAAGUUCUCCUGUCACGGCCUGACGUUAAUCCCAACCUUUCUCAUGGCGAGUGCAGUACUCUUCUCACGUUUGCCAUAUACACUGGGAACUUGGACAUAGUGCGACGCCUCCUGCAGCGGCCAGAUAUAGAUCCUAAUAUGAGGGACAAAGGACUCAAUCACAACACGCCGUUGCUGGCAGCCGUCUACGCAAAGCAGUAUGACAUUAUGGAGGAGCUACUCAAACAUAGUGGCGUGGAUCCGAACGGUCAAAGUCUCGAGCCGUCACUUGGAACUGCUCUGUUCUACACGGCAGGGAAAGGGCGUGAGCCGGUAGUGAAGCUGCUGCUUACGAGGCCCGACAUCGACGUUAACUUGGGAAAUUCCAACGCCUCGCCGCUUGCCAAUGCGAUUUUGGGAGAUCAUAUCGGGACCGUGGCACUUCUACUAGCACACGACAAAAUAGAUCCGAAUUAUGCGCCGAAGUUUCCAAAGACAUAUACUCGUUUGCAUUCUCGACCAGGGCAAGACAAAACGUUCGAGCUCAAAACAUCGUAUGCAAAGAAAAACAAGAGAUAUGUCAGAAUGAUACCUCUAUGCCUAGCAGCGGAGGGAGGCCACCUACAAUCAUCGACGAUGCUGUUGGAUCAUCCAACCAUCGAUAUCAAUGUUACUGACGGGACUGGGAGGACAGCUCUCUGGUGGGCGGUGUUUAGGGGUCUUCCGGAGCUCGUGAGGCUACUCCUAGACCGCGGGGCUGGAGCGGUUAUAAACCUGAAAGAUGUUCAGGGGUGGACACCCUUACACGUAGCCGCCAACUAUUCAUAUCCGCUGCCGGUGGCCUACCUCCUGGAGCAUCCGGAUAUCGACCCCAACCUAAUCAACCAGGAUGGAUAUACACCACUGCAUCUUGCAAUAUAUUCCAACGAUGUUGAUACUGUAACCAAGUUACUGAAACAUCCGAAGAUCAACAGGAAGCUGCCAAUGAAGGGCGGAGUAGUCCCGCUUCAGUUGGCAAAGGAACUGGGGCACCAGAGAAUACUUGAGGAGUUAGGACACGAGACUUCAUAG